UCGGUUUAUCAAGUGCAUCACCCGGGUAUUUAAAGUGCAUUUUUUCUACUUGGAAUUUUCACUGUGCACACACUACUACAAAACGGUAUAGAAUAGCAAAUGCGCGAAUUGGGACGUAUCUUUCAGCUUCCUAGCCUUGUUGGUUUGCAACUUGCCCCUUCUAAUAUGGCGGGCGUUCUGUGCGCACGGGACGUAGUUCCGGUGCAACUUACAUAACCUCGAACAUGGAGAAGCGCUGAUGGAAGUGUUUAUUCACGUGUGUUUUUAUUUACUGAGUUAAAAAAAAGAGCAAUUCUUUGACUUGUUACGGGGUUUUGCCAUUAUAAGGCAUUUUGCUCACCAUCCUGUGUGCCAGACUCUGUUGGUGAAUCAGCAUGUUCACAAUGUUCAGCAUGGCCGGCCCGGUGGCAGUGAGGCUGGCUUCUCUUCCAGUAUUGAUCUGUCGCCAUGCCAGUCGCAGUGCCAGGAGCUGGACGGCUUCUGCUACUCACAGUCAUUCCCUCUCAGGAAACAGAAGGACAGAGCAGCAGGACUUUUCAGAGGAUGACCUUGACAUGGAUGAAGUAGAAUCCAAACUGGAGGCUCUUGUGAAAGAGGAGAGGAAAAGAGAGAAGUCUGCCAAAUUUCACAAGAUCCGGCGGAAGCUGAGCAGCGCCGGAGCCCCGGAAAGAAGAUUAAGUUGGGAUGCCAUUCAACAGAUCAGGUACCUAAAGCAGGAGUCACCACAGGAAUGGACGGUGCAGAGAUUAGCGGAGGGUUUCUCUGUUAGUACUGAUGUCAUCUACAGAGUCCUUCACAGCAAGUUCACCCCACCCCCAGAGAGGAGGCUUAAACAGGAUGCCAAAGUGUUAACCACAGUCAGACAGACUUUCCUCGAGGACGAUAAAACGAAUCAGUCACAAAAAGGCCAAUCACAACUGCCUUUACCCACCAGCACUGUACCAGCCUUGAUUUCCUCUGGGAACACGAGCACACUCGUUGCCCUGACCAGUGGAGCUCUGACACCUACAGAGUGUGUGACAGGACUGGUUCCAACUGCUGCUAACGUUCCAUCCCCUUCAAUAAGGACAGCUCAGAUAUCAGCAGUGGCUCAGGGGACAUUACAGGAGCAGCCUGCUGUGAGGCAAGAGCUGACAGGUGUUAAAGAGAGAGGUGUAGAAGUGGAGGAGGAAGAGGAGUGGGAUGGAGUGGUUUUCACAGACGAAGGACUGGAGGAACUUAUCCACACACUGCAGGAAAAACCCAGUGCAGUAGAACAAAAGGGCAGGGAGUUUUACGACAGCGAUGGCAACUUCUUGUACAGGAUCUAAAUAAACUGUUUCUUGAAUUGAA